UCCCCCCACAUUCUUACAUCUUUCUCGCUUUCACUUUCUACACUCUCCCUCCUUGUUCUUUCUCGACCUCUUCUGCCGGAACCCUCACUGCUAUAUCGCCGGCGCCAUCGGAAUGCCGACCAAGCGCAAGGCUGCGGCCGAGGAGUCUCCGAGCUCCGAGCAUCGGACUUCUUCUAGGAAGACUAGGAGAGCAGAUCUAGCCGGGGCGCCGGCGCUGAGAGUGUCCCCCAGGACGUGUUCAAAGAAGGGGGAGAUGCCCGAGGAAUCUCGAAAUGUUAUGUGCAAUGGAAACGGAGACGUAAAGGUUGAAGCAGAGUCUCUGAGGUCUAAGCCUGCGGUUUCGUCGAAGCAGGGGAAGCGAGGGGAUCUCUCCGGAGAUUCAGUCUCCAAUGUAGGGACGCCGGAGGACGGGAAAUUCCCGGCGAAGGAGUCGGUUAGCUCUGAGAGAGUGAGUUAUUUGAAGAAGGGGAAGAAGCAGGAAUCGGGUAAUGUGGUGUGUAAUGGAGAUGGAGAGGUAAAAGUUAAGGCUCAGAUUAGCUAUGUGAACGGUUCUUUGUCUAAGAGAAAGAUGAAAAAAGAGGAGGUGGAGGAAGGUGAUUGCCGGUUGGUCGGAGAAGUUAUUCCGGAUGAGGAAGCUCGCCAACGGUGGCCCGAGCGGUAUGAGCCUAAGAAGAAGAAUACGCAGGCUUCUGGGUCGAAAAGCUCCAAAGAUAAGGAUGAUUCAGAGGAGAUAGUGAAAGCUCGAUGUCAUUAUAGGCAAGCAGAAAUUGAUGGACGUGUCAUAGUCAACCUAAAUGAUGAUGCUCAUGUAAAAGCUGGUGAUAAUGCAGAUCACUAUAUAUGUAAGAUUGUGGAACUGUUUGUGGCACUUGAUGGGACUCCAUACUUUACAGCACAAUGGUUUUACAGAGCAAGGGAUACUGUUAUAAAAGAUCAUGCGAAUCUUAUUGAUAAUAAGCGUGUAUUCUUUUCAGAGAUGAGAGAUGAUAAUCCUUUAGAUUGUCUUGUCCAGAAACUCAACAUUGCUAGAGUUCCCCAUAAUUUAGAUUUGGAAGCAAGAAAGUUGGCAAUUUCUUCUUGUGACUAUUACUAUGAUAUGUUGUACUUGUUGGAUUAUUCCUCAUUCAUUAAGUUACCACCAGAGAAUAGUAGGGUUAAUAGUGAAGCACUUUCAACAAUUUCAAGUGAAGCUAAUAUGGAUGGAUCAACAUGUGAGUUGAAGUCAGAUUCAGAAGAAGUUUCCCAAGCUCGAGAGCGCUCAUUAUCAGAGAUGACAUUACUGGAUUUGUACUCUGGAUGUGGUGCUAUGUCUAGUGGUUUAUGCCUUGGUGCUAAAAUGUCUGGAGUAAAUCUUGUUACAAGAUGGGCUAUCGAUAUCAAUGCUUAUGCGUGUGAAAGUGUUAGAUUGAACCACCCAGAGACCCAGGUGAGAAAUGAAUCUGCUGAAGAUUUUUUAGCCUUGUUAAGAGAGUGGGAAAAGCUUUGUGUUCGUUUUUCAUUGAUUGGAAAUAAGGAUCCAAAUGCGCAUGAUCUGGAUCCCAUUGAUGCAAAAGCUGAUGAAGAAAAUGAUGAUGAUGACAAUGACAAUGACAAUAGUGAGGAUGAAGAUGACUUUGAAGUGUUUGAAGUUCAAAAGAUAAUUGGAAUUUGUUAUGGUGACCCAAAAGACAAGGGUGAUCGUGAAUUACAUUUUAAGGUUCGUUGGAAAGGUUAUGGUCCCAGUGCAGAUUCCUGGGAGCCUUUUGAGGGUUUGGGUAAUUGCUGUGAGAGCAUAAAGGAUUUUGUUACAGAAGGGUAUAAAUCAAAGAUCCUUCCUUUGCCUGGUGAUGUUGAUGUUAUCUGUGGAGGUCCUCCAUGUCAAGGCAUAAGUGGCUUCAAUCGUUUUAGAAAUAAAGAAAAUCCCUUAGAAGAUCCAAAAAACAAACAACUUGUUGUUUUCAUGGAUGUUGUAAAUUAUCUUAAACCAAGAUUUGUUUUAAUGGAAAAUGUUGUGGACAUUGUAAAGUUUGCUGGUGGUUAUCUUGGACGAUAUGCUUUAGGCCGUCUUAUUGGAAUGAAUUACCAAACACGAAUGGGAAUGAUGGCAGCUGGUGCUUAUGGUCUGCCCCAAUUUCGUAUGCGUGUUUUCAUGUGGGGUGCACGUUUUGAGGAGGUUUUGCCUCAAUAUCCAUUACCUACGCAUGAUGUUAUUAUUAGAGGUGUUAUUCCUCUUGAGUUUGAGAUGAAUACUGUUGCAUAUGAUGAAGGCCACAAGUUUGAUGAACUAGAAACAAAACUUUUGCUAGCAGAUGCAAUUUCUGACCUUCCUCCUGUGACAAAUGAUGAGGCACGAGAUGAAAUGCCAUAUGGGAAAGCUCCCCAGACAGAGUUCCAACGUUUCAUAAGAUUAAGAAAGAAUGAAAUGUUGGGUACAUCACCAUCAGAAUCCAAUCCUUCAGGGAAUAAGCUUUAUGACCAUCGCCCUCUUGAACUAAAUGCAGAUGACUAUCAAAGAGUUUGCCAAAUUCCUAAGACCAAGGGCGCAAACUUUAGAGAUUUACCAGGUGUUCUUGUAGGUGCUGAUAACAAAGUAGAAUGGGACCCAAAUGUUGAGAGGAUAUAUUUGCCUUCUGGGAAACCUCUGGUUCCUGACUAUGCAAUGUCUUUUGUUGGUGGGAGUUCAUCAAAACCUUUUGGCCGUUUGUGGUGGGAUGAGACUGUGCCAACGGUAGUUACUAGAGCGGAGCCCCAUAAUCAGGUAAUUUUGCACCCUGAGCAAGAUAGGGUGUUAUCCAUUCGUGAAAAUGCUAGGCUGCAAGGUUUCCCGGAUUAUUACCAACUUCGAGGUCCAGUUAAGGAAAGGUAUAUUCAAGUUGGGAAUGCUGUCGCCGUCCCAGUUGCUAGAGCAUUGGGGUAUGCCUUAGGCUUGGCAGCUCAAGGUUCAGUCAGUGAUGGACCUAUGUUUAUUUUGCCCCCAAAAUUCCCUAACAUGGAGCGGAAUUCUUCAUUAUCUACAGAAGAGGAUGCUUAGAUCUUGACGUUGAAGAAGUGCGAGGGAUGUCUCUUUUGGUGGAGCGCCACGAUGACACAAAAUCAGAGGCUUAUGCUUAAUUAUGCUGGCUGAUGAAUUUGAUGGUUGAGGGAUGACACAAAAUUGGAGACUGUUGCUUGAUUAUACGCUGGCUGAGGAAUUUAAUGGUUGAGGGAGCUACCUAGGCAUUGGCCAAGCGAAAUGAAAUUUUGUUUGGUUCUGUAGCAAGUAUUUGAGAUAGGUGUUGUUCCCUGUAUCCGUGUUAAUUCAUUCUUUAUCAUGCUGUUUCAUUUGCAUGAAGAAACAAGCAAAGGCCAGAAUUUGGAUGUGUAACAGUAGAGGCACUUUCUAUUUGUGAAAUCAAUCAAGUACUUGCUCUUAA